AUGUCUUUCAUUCCAACGUAUGAGCCCCUUUCGUGGCCUUGCGCGCUGCCCAACUGCACUGCACCACCCAGUAUUUAUAAAUCUGGGUCCAUUGAAGAAGUAUGUUUGGUCUUUGUAGACACUGACAGUCCAGACAGGUGGCCGGUGCGAGGCAACCGCUCACCUCCGCACGCGUCUGCCUUCUCCUCGGUCACCACUCAGGCCUCCUCGUCCUCCUCUUCCACCGAAGCCGUCAGUAUGCUGCCCUUGAAGCAGCUUCGCACAGCUCUGCUUGGCGACCGGCACGGUGCCAAGGUCCACCGGGCCUUCAGCGACGUCAAUCCACCCUGGUCGCAUGAAUCGAUGGCGCACUUGGCGGAGGCCUCGCAGAUGUCCGCCUCGUCGCUCGCCAGCCCCGAAAAAGCCGUGCCUCGUCUGCCGGCUAAAAAGCGGAAAUUCGACUGGGGCAGCGGCUCCGCGGACGGGGACCGCACCAACGCCAAAAUCUCCCUGCCCUGCGCCCUCCCGUCCAGGUACCUAGGCGGAGUCAACGGGGACACGCAGGGCACACCGGUGCUGCAGCAGCCUACCUCGCUCAUCGUCGACAAGCCCACACAACAAUUGGCCUCGGGUAGUGGUGGUGGUGGUGGCGAGGCGAGAAAGUCCACUGGCCCGUUCGCCGACACCAAUGCGGCGCCUUUCUACUACCCGACCUCACACAUCCCGCCGAAGCAGGAACCCUCCCCAGUCAAACAGCGCAAACUUUCCUACCCCGACUUGUCUUUCACCUCGGAUCCAUCCAACCUCUUCUCUCGCUCUCCCUCCAUCUCACCGUCUCGAGCCCCCGCGCCGCCUCCGCCGCCGUCGUCGUCGUCUGUGUUGUCGGCUUUCUCUAUGCGUGGCGAUUAUCCCGGCCAACCCAGCAGUACAUCGACGUCGAAGUGGGACAUCCACUUGAAGAAGGUUCUCCUAUGCGGGAUUCCGUGUGGGGAUUUGCUUCACUUGACCUGUUUCGAAUUGAGAGCCUGGCUUCAGUCUAGUCUAAGCGCUGUCAACGACUACUGGAUUCGUCUUUGGCACAAGCGCGCCAGUCGGUGUGCUGUGGACGCGUCCCACCGACCGCAACUGCGGGCAGCCGCACGUGAGGCUGCCUGUGUGACGUCAGGGAGAGAGCGAUGGAGAGAGAGAGAGAGUGGCAGUGGUACGCGCUUCUUUUUUUUCAAACUUCGCGCACGUGCGUUCGACGCACGUGAGGCUCGCCAUCUUGGUGUUCGUGAUUGGCGGCGGCGGCGGUGGCGGUGGCGUUUAAACGCGGUCCACCUCACAAGCACAUGCCCACUUGCCCCGUUGUCUUCUCGGCGUUCUUCUCUCGUGGUGGACGUUAACAGCAGCAGCAUCAGUGGCAGCAAUACUUCCUCAUAUCAGGCGAGAUCUUCAUUACCCACCAGGGGCGAUAGUUUUCGACCGAAGGGAAACUUCUCAUCGCCACCGCCUCCUCCUCCACCGCCUCCUCCACUCAACCGCUAUCCUUCGCAUCACUCUGAGGCGGGUCGUCGCUACUCGGUGUUCGGUGCACCCUCGGGCCUGUCUUUAGCCGCGAGAGGCGACUUUGAGCAUGCAGUCGCGGAGCCGGCUAGUGGUUCGACGGCGUACGUUGCCCGCCGACACUCGUCGGUUCUCUCUACAGCGCGCUACGCGUCUUCCUCGGUGUCCGACUCCUCUUUCCGUCCUCCACACGAAAAGAGGGCCUACAACCAACCGCAGUUUCCGGUGAAGCGUGUGCCGAUUGAGAGUUCACCGUUGUUUGAAAGUGGUGGGCUUGCGGAAAGUCGGCCCCUCUCGGCCCCCGACGACAAGAUUCCAAACUUCUCGGCACCGCACCACCGGUCGUCGCCGGUGAAAGCGGAGCCGCCUGCGCCAAACCCCUCCCCUCGAUCACCUACCCGCCACAGCCAACCCCCGUCACUCAUGGAUCAUUCGGUUGAAAUCGGUGGAGGCUUGUGGCAGCCGACUUUCGUUUGCUGUGACUUUCUUGCUUUGAGCUACGUCAGUGCGGCCCUUCCGGUCGUCCAGUUGUCGCUACUUUUCCGUAUUGACGAGCACAAAAGCAAGUAA